UUGAGGAAACGCAAGGAAGCAGCAAGCCUGAUUACAGGAGUCAACCAGAACUCAAAUCGGACCUAUUUCAGUCCGAAUCUUCCAGCAGAAACAGGGAUAAAAGAAGGAAAACCUUAUCCGCCCUCGACAUGUUUGUAUAAAUACUCCAGAGAAAACCCAAACAAGAAAUAAAAACACGUAAAAGACCUUUCUCGAAUUCAUUGAGCAGUGUUCUGUAUUGCUAUUUGUUAUUAUCAAUUCUUGUUGUGAUGGAUUCGAACCAGGAAUUGCCUGAAGGGACAGUGCAGAACGUGCUUGAUCAGGACACACUCAAAUGGGUUUUCGUAGGUGGCAAGGGCGGCGUGGGCAAGACGACGUGCAGCUCCAUUCUUGCAAUUUUACUCGCGCGGGUGCGACCCUCUGUGCUUAUCAUCUCCACUGACCCUGCUCACAAUCUUAGCGAUGCGUUUCAGCAGAGGUUCACCAAGACUCCUACACUUGUCAAUGGCUUUUCCAACUUGUACGCCAUGGAAGUUGAUCCUAAUGUGGAGAAUGAAGACACGUUGGGUUCAGAUAAUAUGGAUGGUUUUCUAUCCGACUUAGCAAAUGCUAUUCCUGGAAUUGAUGAAGCUAUGAGUUUUGCAGAAAUGCUGAAGCUAGUGCAAACAAUGGAUUAUUCUGUGAUAGUAUUUGAUACAGCUCCAACUGGACAUACUCUCCGGCUGUUACAAUUCCCUUCAACAUUAGAGAAGGGGCUUCACAAAAUGAUGAGUUUGAAAAGUAAAUUCGGUGGCUUGUUGAGUCAGAUGACUCGUCUACUCGGUGGUGGUGAUGAAUUUGCUGAGGACGCAAUGUUCGGAAAGCUUGAAGGCAUGAAAGAUGUGAUUGAACAAGUGAACAAGCAGUUUAAGGAUCCAGAUUUGACUACGUUCGUCUGUGUUUGCAUUCCAGAAUUCCUCUCUCUAUAUGAAACUGAAAGACUUGUUCAGGAACUGACCAAAUUUGAGAUAGAUACACACAAUAUCAUUAUUAAUCAAGUAAUUUUUGAUGAAGAAGCUGUUGAAUCAAAGUUGCUCAAAGCUAGAAUGUGCAUGCAACAAAAAUACUUGGACCAAUUCUACAUGCUGUAUGAUGAUUUUCACAUAACUAAGUUGCCGUUGCUGCCUCAAGAGGUUUGUGGGGUCGAAGCCUUGAAAGCAUUUUCACACAAUUUCUUAUCGCCAUAUCAACCAUCUUUUGUUCGAGGAACUGUAGAGGAGCUGGAGCAGAGAGUAUUGAUACUUAAAGAAGAGCUGAAGAACGCUGAAGCUGAACUAGGAAGACUGGGAAAGGGAAAACAAAAGAUUUGAUUCAGGAAAAUUGAAAUGGAAAUUGGACUCUUGGGAGUUCCAUCGUUGGACUUUCUCGGCCACUUUUCCUUUCCGAAUAGUGCAACGGUAUAAUAGCACAUUUCACUCCCAUUAGAGUAUUUGUUGCCAGGGAAUGAAUAAUUGUUUCGUUAUUUCCCCUCUGAGAGGGAGUUUUAUCAUUAAAAAGUGUCUUUUAUCGUAACUAUUUCCAUAUACUUUUCUUGACGAUUAAAAGAACUAUAUGUAUGUGUAUAUAUAUUGAGCUGUAAAUUUAAAUAUCAAAAAAUCAAAGAAAAGUCUCAACAAUUGAGUUA